AUGAAAAGAAUCUUGUCGCGAGCCAGAAAUUUCCUGAAGAACCCUAGACUACCAAAAGUGCGCGCAAUCAAAUCUACAGCCGCGAAUAACAGAAGCCCGCAAAAUGAGUCGACUGACGCCAACGAGCGAGCACAACCCGACAGACUUCAAUCUCAGUCGCCUGCUGCAAUCUCAACUCUAGAAAGCUUACCGUCUGAGGUUCACCGCUUGUUGUUGUCCAUGCUUGGCAUCGAUGAAACGCGCGCUCUUGUGUCGUCGAGCCCCAUCAUUCACGCAAGGUAUCUCGUUAACCGCAGAUAUUUACUCUGCAGAUCGCUGGAUAAUACGUUAGGAUGCGUCUCUGUAGAUGCCUUGGCCGUAUUCCGGUCGAGCUCUGCCGACUUUGCUAAAUCACGCACGCGUGAGAACGUCGCUGGCUUUCUGAAGCUCUACCAGGAUCAAGGAGGUGCCACCGAGCAACCAUUACUCCCACGAGACGUUGGCGAAGAUGAAGCAGUCGGUAUGGUCAUGUUUCAUAACGCCAUUGUUCAGCCUCUUGCUCGGUAUUACUUGACGUGGUCAUUGGGCAAUCUCGCACGUGAACAAAGAGCUUUGCAAAGCCAUGAGCCGCCGAGUGGCACAGAGGAGACGCGACUGAUGCGGGCCAUGUAUCGAUUUCAAUUGUCCUGCAACCUGUUUGGCAGAGGCAAACAUGCUCCAACGCUGAGCCCGCCACUGGGGUUUGAGUCUGCUGACAUCUUGCGGCUCUUUCUCUGUUUAUUUGAACCCUGGGAGGUUGAGGAGAUUGCUUGCAUCAACACCUUUGCAACAGAAAAAUAUGACCGAAUUUUCAGCGAUAUCCGCUGGGACGUACAUGAGGAGAAUCCCAAGUUUGACGGCCAGCGACCGCCAACCCCAGACGGCGCUUUUGACUUUGACAACAGCUGGACCAGAUUAUCCCUCUUGAGAGGAACAAUCUCCCGCGGUCUCGAGUUGCUGUAUUCAGUUAUUUUUAAAGUCCAGGAUCACGAGCAUCUAGUGUCGAUGAUGCAAGAGGAAAUUCCAUUUCCGUCGGGCAACGUGCUCGACGAUGCGUUCAGCGAGGGCGCGCAGUUCCAUAGGCGCCGCAAUCAUCCGUCGAAACGGGAUCUCAAGCAAACCCGGCGCGAGCCAUUACCGUUCACGGGCGAGGCCAAUGCCGGUGAUCUACUACCACCAUUAGGAUGGACGAUUAUAUGGCACGGAACCUACAGUAACUUGUAUGGAUACUAUGUCCAAGACUCCAUACGUCGCUGGGGCUACGUUAUUUGGGAUGCAGUGAGGCUGGAGCGAACCAACGCAACAGAAGUGUUGGCACAACAAUGGAGAGAUGAUUGGGGCGAUAGCGAUCCGAGGAAUAAUCUUCUGUAG